CAGUAAGCACUUUAGCAAUUAGCAGUUACUAACUGUUAAUCAUUUUGUCCUGAUCAUGUUUCAGACUGAGCUAAUUGAUCCAGCAGUAAAAGGAACACUGAAUGUCCUUACAUCCUGCGCUAGAAUCCCAACCAUCAAACGCGUAGUUUUCACAUCAUCAAUGGCUGCAGUUCUGCUCACUGGUAGACCUCUAACUGCUGAAACUGUAGUUGAUGAAACAUGGUUUUCUGUCCCAGAAAUCUGCGAGAAACAACAAAUGAAGUGGUAUCUUUUGUCAAAGACAUUGGCUGAAGAAGCUGCAUGGGAUUUUGUUAAAGAACAUGGGCUUGAUAUGGUGUCGAUAAACCCUGCAAUUGUUAUAGGCCCUUUGCUACAACCAACAAUCAAUACCAGUUCUUUUGCUGUUUUAAGCUUGGUUAAUGUCACCGUUGGUUUUUUCCAAGGGAGUGAAAAAGGUGGACAUGCUGACAGAUGA